AUGUCUAUGAAGGUCAUGGCCGUUCAGGCGAUCCUCGUCUUGGGUCCGCAAGUCCAUCGCGGUGCCAUCGCACUACCACCGCCACCACGACUACUACCACCGCGAUCACUACCACUGCCACCGCCGGGCGUCAUCCUGCAGAAUUUGAGGCCUUUGGGACCUGUCACCGUUGUGCAGAACUCGAGGUUGCUGAGACUGCCACCCGAGCUUCGCAAUCGCAUCUACGGUCUAGUCCUUCUCGACGAGGUCCAAGAAUUCCGCUUCUCUUUCCACCACUAUCCGACCUACCCACCAGUUCUCCAAGUCUGCCAGCAGAUCCGACACGAGGCGCUGUGCAUCUACUUCCGCUCAGCACACUUCGAGUUCAUAAUUCACUGGCGUGGCUUAGGCGCUCUGCUUCGCUACCUCGAUGGGCUGGAUGCUCAGGCACAGCUGCAGCUUCUACACAACACGAACGUCAGCGUCCACGUCAUCUACGACGACUACCACCCGUGGUACAAGGAGAUCACGAAAUUGAUGGGUCAAUUCGCGUAUGCAUACCAACAUCAUGGUCCUUACAUCACAGCGGAGGACUACGAGUUCGAGCGCGCGGAUGUGAGUGAGAUGAGGUCCAAGGCUGCACGGGUGAAAGUUCGUGCGGCUAGAAGGGCUGCAGAGACCAAGGCUACUGAGAAGAAGGGCGCUGACGUUGUCAAGGCUGAUAAGCUGGCUGCGAAGGCUGUGAAGCACAAGGAUGUGGGGAAGGCGUUGUUGCAUCGUGAGCUAGGCGAGGUCUGGGAUCAGAUCAUGGUCGUUCUUGGGCCGCCGCUUGAGGACGAUGGGUCCUACCACGAGUCGCGUGUGAAUUUUUAA